AUGCCGGACUCAAAUGAGAAGGGAGCCGGCACCGCCGGCAACAAACGUCCACGUAGCGACGACGCCGAUGGGGACGAAACAGCGCCUCAACAGGAAAUACCCGAUAAUGCGAGCGUUCCCAAGCCAAAACGACUGGCAUGUAUGAUAUGUCGGAAGCGCAAGCUCAAAUGCGACGGAGUCAGACCUAGCUGCAGUACCUGCUCCCGUCUUGGUCAUACUUGCGCCUACGACGAACAGCGGAGGAAGAGUGGUCCUAAGCGUGGUUACGUCAAGGCUCUCGAGGAGCGACUCAAACAAGUCGAAACGUUGCUGAAAACCCAGGAACCUCCGCAGAAUAUUCCAAAGAACAUCAAUGUCGCAAUGUCCGGACCACCUCAGACAGCAUCCCCUGCCAAUCUUAAUAUCUCAAAUGCGCCUAUAAAUCUCACCGGGGAUAAUAGUAUGGACCAGCACUGGAACUUCACCGAUAAGUCGCCGCAGCAAGGUGCCAUGGACGACUUCAAUUUCAAUGCCAGUCUAGAUAUGGGCAUGAACAAUGUUGGUGGUACUUUCACGUGGGAAAUGAUUGGUCUGGGGCUCGAGGAGCCUCUGCCUCCUCAAGAAACUAUUGACGAGCUUCACCAGAUUUAUUUCGAGAAGGUUCAUCCGUCUAUUCCCAUGAUUCACAAAUACCGUUACCUUGCCGCCAUGAAUCUUGCUCCGAACCAAAGACCACCGGUUUGUUUGCGAUAUGCCAUGUGGACUCUCGCAUGCACCAUAACAGAUAAGUAUGCGGAUCUGAAAGAUCUCUUCUACCGCAGAGCGCGGAAGUAUGUUGAAGCAGAUUACGUCAAGGGUUAUGGAGAACACAUGAUCUCUAUUGCUCACUGCCAGACACAUACUCUGCUGGCCUCUUAUGAAAUGAAGAUGAUGUAUUUUCCCCGCGCCUGGAUCAACACUGGCUCUGCUAUCCGCCUGGCUCAAAUGACUGGUCUCCAUAGACUAGACGGGACGGGCCUCGACGUCAAGCAAUGCCUUGCGCCACCGAAGGAUUGGACAGAGCGAGAGGAACGGCGUCGAACAUUCUGGAUGGCUUUCUGUCAGGACCGGUAUGCCAGUAUUGGCACGGGCUGGCCCAUGACCAUUGACGAACGCGACAUCAUGACCAAUCUCCCUGCCUCAGAAGAUGCCUUCAUCAUGAGCAAACCCGAGCAGACACAGUCACUAUCAGAAUGCACUAGCCCCAUGGGUGCAGGUAAGCUGUCGCCUUUUGGAGGUAUCGUGCUCAUGGCCUGCCUGUUUGGCAGAAAUCUGGUACAUCUGCACCGUCCUGAUGCCGAUGACCUUGACAACGACCUGAAUGGUCCGUUCUGGAAACGACACCGCCAGAUGGACAAUAUUCUCCUUAACACAUCCCUUUGUCUUCCUCCCCAACUCAAGCUUCCCACCGGCUUGUCGAAUCCUAACAUUGUCUUCACAAACAUGAGUAUCCAUACCUCGACCAUCUGUCUACAUCAAGCCGCUAUCUUCAAAGCGGAGAAGAACAACUUGCCCGCGUCGGUCAGUGCCGAAAGCAAAGUCAGAUGCAUCACAGCUGCCAACGAGAUUGCCAGCAUUAUGCGCAUGAUUUCCCAUAUGGAUCUCUCAACAUACCUUAAGAGCCGACCGGACGAUAGCCAAACGGCAGACUCACUUCGUUUCUUGCUCUCUGCAAUGAACGCGCUGAAACGCAGGAAUCCAUUGACUGAGUCGUUCCUCGUUCAGCUCGAUGUCGACCUCGAAGCACUUGCACUGAGAAUCCCCAAGCUGAAGACAGCCUUCCCACGCAAUAACGAUGGACCUACCAACCCAGGAGCGCCCAGAGGUGCUAGGUGUGACAACCCGGAAGGAAUGCAGGGUAUAGCAGCAUAUCGUAAUGAAUGCAACUAUAUGCAACCCUCGAGAGGUGACGGGAAUCAACCGGAUAUUGUUGAGCCUAAUCAUAGCGUACCAGAGAUCACGACUGCUGAAGAGAGUUUCGCUACGCAAGCUUGGAUGUCGUCUGACCAACAAUUACCCAUUCUUACACCGAGCUCAGGGGCGACGUUCGAAAAGACUGGAUCUGGCAGUCGGACAAUGUCUGGUUUUGGCGACGUAACAGGUGACAGCCAAGAUGCUUCAGGAUCGCCUGAUGGAUUGACAUCAAAUCGACCUACACCAAAUUCGAGCUCAGGAUCCGACCAGCGGAACCAUCUGGCCCCUGGGCAGCUGAACGGAUCCGGACACAACUCUUUCAACGCGAGCCCAAUGUCACCAAACCAGACUUUGAUGAACCCGGGUGUUCUCGAUGGGAGCACACAAGGAUUCUUUUCAGACACAGCUGGAUUUACGAUGCCGACCAGCCUUGACCAGAAUGGAGGCUUUUCAAUGCCCGAUGGCUGGGGAGACAUUCAAGGACAAUCAGGGAUACCACAAGUUGGCGAGGGCGUUUUACGGGCGUUGAUGAAUAUGGGACCAAUGGACGCCAUGGAUUUGGGAACAUGGGAAACAAAGGAUACCUGA